AGUCAGUCAGUCAGUCCAUCGCGGUUUUUGACCGAAUAUAAUACGUGGGAACUACCUAUUCUUCUAACAAUAAUCAUCUAUUGUUUUUAUUAUUAUUUUUUUAAUUUGAAAAAGUGUCUUAUUAGAUUGGAUGCGUGUUUGUUUUUUGGAUUUAAGCCAUUGAAGUGUGUCUCAUAAGAUGUGGCUGAGCGACACCAGUCGUCUGUCCCGUCUACAAGAAGACUCAGAUUUGGAAAGCAGUUGUAGCAGCGGCGAAGAAAUUCCCAUAUGGGUGAGAGGCGAACAACGAUGGGUUUCGGGAAUUACGGAAGAGACCCGGUGUAUUGAUGUCAUCGAUGUUUUGUGCAAAGAUGAAGAGAAAAGGGGCAAACACAUGGGAUUGCCACAGCAUUACCAAAUAACUGAGAGAUGGCGGGGUGUGGAGCAAUCAUUGGAGCCGUACGCGAAAAUAUUGGAUAUUUGGAAUACUUGGGGAUCUGCUCAGACGGAGGUCAAAAUCUCUCUUAGAAGGCUCCGCUCAUCUACAAACAGACGCACCAAGUGUAGAUCAGACGUCAGUACCCACUCGGACAGAAGUAUGUGGAAAACCGUGCACCCAAAACGAUUCCAAACACUCAACACCGAAAAAGGACCAUCGAGUACUGAAGAACUAUUAAAACUAGUACUCGCCCAAGGAGAAGUUAUUAGGAGACAAUUAAAGAAAUUACGACACAGCGACCAUCAAAUCGGUUAUCUAGAAGACAAAACUCACAGGGCAAGGGUACGGAAACACGGCAGCAACUAUUUAUUGGAAACGUACCUUAAGGGCCUAUCAGAGGCGGUGAAUCCAGACUUGGAAUCACACAUUGGUGGUGAUAAGAACAGCGACAGUGGAGUUAUGACUGAAGGCGAUAGUGAACAGUCUAAUAAUCAUACGAAUUUGAAAGAUUGCAAUAAAAAUAUUGAGGUCACAAGUGAUCGAUUUUCUGCCUCCUCAGAAGAAUUCAAUCGUAACAUAAAAGAUGACGACACCAGUUCAACUUUGAGCGACUCAACCAUCAAAAACCAAACAGAAUUCCUAGAAAAAAUCAUAAAACUAAACAAAAACUUACUAAAAGAAGAAGAAACCAUCAACAAGUUGGACAGCAAUUUGAGAAAGUACGACAAACACAAACAACUGACGAAACUACGUACCGACAUGACGAAAAGCGCCUGCGAAAUGCAGCACAACGAAGUGGUUUUGGAAGAAACGCUCGAAGUGUUGGAAAAGCGCAGGAAAGAUUUGGAAAAUUUACACCGUGAAUUGACCAGUGAGGAUCAGGAAUACGAAAUGUUGCAGGCGUUGCUUUACAGCAACAACAACAUUUACCGCAGCACCAAAGAAACGUUAGAUACCUUAGUUUAAUACCAAAUAUUUUUGUUUUUAUGAUAUUGUUGAAAAAUUAUAAAUUUAUUUUUAUUUUAG